GGAUCUGUGGUUCAGCGCGCUCGGCGCGGAUCCCUCCGCCCCUCAGGGCCCCGCGCGGCCCCAAAACCGCCGGAAUUGGCCCCAAAAUCGGCGGAAUUCGCCCCAAAAGCCCCGGCGGGACCCCCCCCCGGCCAUGCUGAAGCCGCUGCCGCCGCCCCCCCCCCAACCGGGCCCGGCCUCGCCCCCUCCCCACGGCGGGGGAGGGGAGGGGGAGGGGAAAGCGGCGGCGGGGGGGGGAGGGCCGGGGGGGGGCGGCAGGUCCCUCCCAGCGGGAAAAUCCCUGGUGUUCGAGGGCGUCUACGGCAACUCCCGGAUGCUGCACGUGCUGACGGCCGGCGUGGGCUCCACGGCCGAGGUUCGAGUCCGCAGCGGUCGAACCUUUGAGGGAAUUUUCCGGACACUCAGCGCCAAGUUCGAGUUGGCCCUGGACGCCGUCCACCGACGCCCCGCCCCCUCCAUUGGCCACGCCCACUCCACUGACCACGCCCCCUCCUCAGGCCACGCCCCCUCCUCAAGCCACGCCCCCUCAGGCAAUACAUCAUCCUCUGGCCACGCCCCCUCUUCAAGCCACGCCCCCUCUUUAAGCCCCGCCCCCUCCUCAGGCCCCGCCCCCUUUCCCGCCCCCGCCCCUCCCCCCCCGCCGCCCCUCCCCCCGCGGCGCGAGGACAUCGUGGACACGAUGGUGUUCCGGCCACUGGACAUCGUGGUGCUGACCCUGCGUGACCUCGACAUGGCCUCCGCCUCCCGCGACAAGUUCACGGACGCGGCGAUCGCCGGGAGCCGCCGGCUGAACGGGGCCCGGCGGGAGAAGGUUCUGGAACGGUGGGACGGCGGCGACGGCAGCGACGACUACGAGCUGGACGCCGACCUGUCCAACGGGUGGGACCCGGCGGAGAUGUUCCGUUUCAACGAGGAGAAUUACGGAGUGAGGAGCACCUACGACUCCAGCCUGGCCGCCUACACGGUGCCCCUGGCCCGGCAGGACAGCGCCUCGUGGCGGCAGCGGCUGGCGCGCGCGGCGGCGCUGGCGCGGGAGAUCGAGGCCUGUCCCGCCCAUCGCCUGCGGGCGGCGCUGGAGGACGAGGAGGGGGAGGGGGGGCGGGGCCUGACACAGGCCACGCCCCCCGCGCCGGACACGCCCCCUCCGCCCCAGGCCACGCCCACCUCAGGCCACGCCCCCUCGGAUGGACCAGCAGGGGGCGCCACACACAGGGAGAAGCCGCCGCCCCUCCCCCCCCCCGCGGGGGCGGGGCCCGGGGGGGCCCCCCCCGGAUGUCGCCCAAGGCCCCCCCGCGGCCCCUUCGGGGUGGGGGGAGGGGCCCCUUCCCCCCCCGCCCCUCCCCCAGGACGGAGCCCACGGGGGUGGGGGAGGGGCCGAGCCCCCCCUCCCCCCCCAGGACCCCCAAAGAGGCUCCGCCCCUCUGCCCCUCCCCCACCCCGGAGCCGCCCGAGACCCCCCGGAAAGGAGGCGGAGCCCGACCCAGGGAGGAGCAGCGGGGGAUGGGCGGGGCCGGAAAGGCAGGUGAAGAGAUCGACGCUGAACCCCCACGCGAAGGAAUUCAGCCCCGGACGGCCCCUGGUCAAGGCCCCGCCCAGCGCCGCCCCCUCCCCCACCCCGCGCCCCUCCCCCGCCCUGGGUGGGGGAGGGGCAGGGGGAGGGGGUGGGGGAGGGGCGGGGGCGGGGCUGUUCCCGGCCCCUCCCCCCCACUACAUCUCCUACAUCCCCCAACUCCACGUCGGCCCCGCCCCCGUCCAGCCCCCACAGAUUUUCCCGUUUCCCGUUUCCGGUUCCGCUUCCGGAAAGUUCCGCGGGGCCAAAGGGUCGCCCCUCCCCCCCCCCCGCGGCGACCCCCACCCCCCCCCCAGCUCGGCCCCUCCCCCGCUGGUGGCCGCCCCUCCCCCACCGCCCCCUCCCCCCCCCUUCUCCUCCUUCCUGUCCUAUCAGAGCUUCGGGGCGGGGGGAGGGGCGCAGGCCCCGCCCCCCAUGGUGCCGCCCCUCCCCCACUACCAACAGGUACCACCCGAAGGGGGGGAGGGGAGGGAAUAAAGGGGGUGGGG